AUGAACAUCUCCUCCAUGAAGAAACACAAAAAAUAUGAUAAGCAUAAGUCGUUGCUUGCGGCUUACAUUGCAGGACGGGAUAACCGCCGCAUCCGGCAAGAGGACCAAAUGCAGGGUAAUCAUCUGGAGGAGAUGAUCACGGCAAACCAAGUCCCUGCUUCACCGGCCGAAUCCAUCGAGUUUCCAACCGCGGCGAAUAUUGCAGAAUUUGAAGGGAUCAUUGAUCUCGCCAAUGUCUCGGGACAGCCAGGACUCAGCCAGUCCCCAGGAGAUUGCCCCGAUGACCUCAGCAAUGCCAGUUCAUCCGAUCCCAGCAGUGAAAAUGACAGCGACUCGUGUCUUUCGGAAUAUGAUUCGGAUAACGAAGCAGAUGGCGAGGAAUGGGAUGCCGGCUGCCAACAAUACUCCGAAGAGAAAGGAAACCCCCCAAAUGAAAACAUUGAGGAGAUGCCCGAUUUGAACGAAGGAAACCAUUCAUCGCGGCAGCGGCGGCGACAGCCACAAGGGCCAAACAUAUACUGGCUGUUUACAUCCAAAGAAUACUUGGUUGCCUCGCUACUCAUAGGAUACACGCACACAAUUAUCUCUUGCAGGCUGUAUGGCCACAUCAAAAUGAUGUUCAAGCUAUUUGAUGUUAGGCUCCCAGACUGGUUGACAGUCAGGCGCGAAAAGGAAAACAUUCAAAAGCUACUCAACCUGGAUGUUGUUUCCCGCAAGUUAAUAUUGGAUACGCCAACGUACUCCUUGCCCCUCCGGGUACACAACCAGCAGCAUCUCACUCCCAUCGGCAUGGAAUUCUGGAAUCAAAUCGAUCUAUCUACUGUAACGCUGAGCAUCCUCAGCCUGAUCUCCAUCCUCGUCGUCUAUCUCCAAUACACGAAGGUCUUGCUCUCGCCCUACUCAAACUUGAAGCUGAAAACCUCAUCAACUUCGUCGUCUGCUUCAGCUUCAUCAUCCCAAGAAAGAUUCGCCCGAUGCAGAGAAUGUUCGAAGCUGAAGCCGAUCUCAGAACUGAAGAUUUGCAGCAAGUGCAAAAUACCACCGACCCCAGAUCAAGAUACCAACGACCUCAACUUUUACUACUGUGAUCAGAAAUGUCAAAAGGCAAAUUGGAAGACGCACAAACUGAUAUGUGGCAAUUUCAAAGACCUUCAACCCACCUCGGCCGAUCCAUACGCACCUGUCAAUCCGCUACAUUCUCCUCCAACUAGCAAUCUAUUGUCUCAUGCUGAUUUCGAGAAAAAGAGAGCAGAAAUUGAAUCUUUGUUGAAAAAAUGGUGCCAAUUUCACAAGAACGUUUUGAUAUUCGCGGCCAUCCAUGGGUUGGACCUGAUCCGUAAUCCGCCAAACUCCAAGCUGAUAUUAUUGAUGAUAAGUUUAACCCUAAACGAAAAAGAAAAGACCGAAAAAUUCACGGAGAUAACGGGUGAAGAAGAUCAAGAGACGAAUACUCAGAAAGAUCUGAAACCCCAGGAUGGAGCGCAGGAUCCAAUGAGCUCGAAUUUGUUUUCGGUGGCCCAUGUUGGUACGUUAGAUUCGACAAACUUCUUCAAGUCGAAUCCGGGGAUGUCAAAUGCUCUUAAAGAGAUCGAAGGCGUUCGAGAAAAAGUAAAGGAGAAAGGCGGGAUCGGUGUCGCCGUCCUAUUGGUCCGCUGUGGACCCAUUGUUCAGGUUUUUCCGGUUGGCUUGCCUUCUCAAGCUGAUCUAGAUGCGGUGCCGCGUCAAACAAACUGGCGAGCAAUCUUUGAUGAAGCAAUCAAGUCUGGUGUGCCCUGGAAACCGCGCAAAUGA